UUAAUUCCAUAGUCCACACGCUCGCUUUCUCUGCAAUUUAUCCUUUUUUAUUUUCCUUUCACUGCACAGCUUCUUCCGUAUACUUCCCUCUCUCUCUCCACUGUUACCAUUUUCCACUGUUUGUUUGUUCUCAGCUCAAGGAGGAUUCUUGCCCAAGUCCUCGUUUUUGUGAUCGAGCUAUGACCAAGAACUUGUCUUAAAGAGCAUUUUUUUACCAUUCUUAGGUAAGCAAUGGUUGGUGCAUCUUGGUUUCGAACUCUAUGGAAGACUCAACGGAAGGAUGAUACUAAUUCUGAGAAGGCAGUGAUUGGGGUGUUAGCAUUUGAAGUUGCGAGCUUGAUGUCCAAGCUUGUUAAUUUGUGGCAGUCUUUGAGUGAUAAACAGGUUGCUAAGUUGAGAGAAGAGAUAACAAAUUCUCUGGGCAUCAGAAAGCUUGUUUCAGAGGAUGAGAAUUUCAUUGUACGCUUAAUCAGUCUAGAGAUGCUUGAGAAUAUGGCACAUGUGGCUGAAUCUGUGGCUAGGUUUGGUAAGAAAUGCAGUGAUCCAAGUUUGAAAGAUUUUGAGAAUGCCUUUGAUGAAUUGAUCACUUUUGGUGUUGAUCCAUAUCGGUGGGGAUUCACUUUCAAGAAAAUGGAAAAAAAGGUAAAAAGGAUGGAAAAGUUUAUAUCAACUAACGCAACUUUGUAUCAAGAGAUGGAACUGCUGGCAGAUCUUGAGCAAACUCUUGGAAGAAUGAAGGCUUACACUGAAUCAGAUGGACCGAAUUUAAUUGACUAUCAAAAGAAGGUUACAUGGAAGAGGCUCGAGGUGAAGAACUUAAAGGCUAAUUCUCUGUGGAACAGAACGUAUGAUUACACGGUACUUUUUUUAGCAAGAUCUUUAUUUACAAUAUUCAGUAGGAUCAACAAUGUAUUUGGCAUUCAAGAGAUUAUAGAUAUUGGUAAAACCAAGAAUCGAAGUGCUUUGAAUUCUGAUCAUGCUAAUGGCAGUCAAUCGGUUUCUGAAUUAUUGCAACCUUCAGUCCAACCCUCCAGCGAAGUUCGUGCCAGGUUUGCUUCAGGACCCCUUGGUGCUUUUGCUGCUACAUCUCGUCCAAAUGCUCGAAUAAAUAAAGCUAGCAUGUUUCCUUCAGAUGGUGGGGACUCAUCCACAAAGUCCGGCCUAAUUUCAGCAAAGAACAGAAGUCUCAAAUUUUUCUCAGGUCCUCUUGGUAGAAAUUCCAAAAAGCCAGUUCCAGACAAUGGAACAAAUAAAAAUAGCAAGAUUUGGAACUUUCAUGGUAACUCCACCACCACAAAUGGGAAGGAAACUCACACAAGGCAAAGUCGACUGACUCAAGUAGAACCUUUCAAAGGAUUUAUGCCUGCGGACAGUUCCUUGGUCAUUGACAGCCACUCAAGCCCAAAUGAUGUUCGUUUAGCAACACAAAAUCCCAAUGACCCUAAAGCAAACCUUGUUACUCCUGGAAAAGAGGUUCAUCACCCUCAAUCCACUUUCAAUUACCUAUGCAGGUUACAGCCUCCAUCUGAAUCCCUUGGUGCUGCUUCUUUAGCCCUGCACUAUGCAAAUGUUAUCAUCAUGAUCGAGAAGCUAGCAACAUCUCCAUACUUGAUUGGUGUUGAUGCAAGAGAUGAUCUGUACAACAUGUUACCGAGACGUUUAAGAUCUGCGCUUAGGACCAAGCUAAAGCCAUAUUCCAAGGCCAUGGCUGCAGCAGUCUAUGAUGCAGGUCUAGCAGAAGAAUGGACCGAAGCAAUGACAGCUAUAUUAGAAUGGUUAGCCCCGCUCGCUCACAACAUGCUUAGAUGGCAAUCCGAGAGAAGCUAUGAGCAACACUGCUUUGUUUCCAGGACAAAUGUGUUGCUGGUGCAAACCCUUUAUUUUGCAAGUCAAGAAAAAACUGAAGCAAUAAUCACUGAGCUUCUUGUGGGUCUGAAUUAUGUGUGGAGAUAUGCUAGGGAGUUCAAUAAAAAAGCUCUGCUAGACUGUGGCAGUGGUGGGGUAGAUAUUGGAUAUUCUCAACUGAAUGGAUAAGCAAUUUUUAUGAAGCUCAUGUGAGGUUCACUUUUCAACAAAAGUGCAGUACCUGACAAGUGAUUGGGAUGAAUCUUUUCAGGCACACCAAUUCUUGCUUCUUAAAUCUCAAUGAAUGUGAAACAAGUGCAGAUGGAGCAUGAGAGAAUUGCCCACAUAAACUGUUAGUGUCAGAAAUGCAUUCUUGGUGAGAAAUGUUGUUUUAAAAUAUUUAGCAUUAAUUUUCUUUGAGGAGAUCCUAGCUUAUUUAACUUGGAUCUCUGGUCUCAUCCUUGAAAAGUUGUUUUGUGGGUGCAUAUUUAUGAGCCUUAUAUGUAUUAAAUUGUAUAGCUUUUAUCAACCUGGAUAUUUCUAUAUUGAUAUCUUUUGAAUGGUAAGACAGAUUUCAAAAUGCUAUA